UUGAAAUGGGUUUGAUAAAUAAUUGUUAUUUGUUUUGUUUUUACUAAAAUAAUGACUAACAAUUUUAAUUAUUGUAACUGAAUUAUGGUAGAAAUGUAAUUGAACACGACAUGUCUGAUUUGCUUGAUUCGGAAAACAUAGACAACGGCCGUAUGACUCGGCCAAGCCUAGCGCAACUAAAAGCGGUAGUUGAAUUUAUGGAAAAAUAUCCAGACCUCGCAUACAGAAAGUUGCGGUAUGGAGUAAGCCAACAAAAAUUCAAGAAACGUUGGAUAGAGCUGUCCAAUAUUGCAAACUCAAUUGAUGGAGCUAUCAAAUCCACCAAAGGCUGGAUAAAGUUUUGGUCAGAUAAAAGGAGAAGUAUUAUGUUAAAACAAAAGCAGAUAGAAAAAGGAAAAUUGGGAGGAUCCCUUUCAGCAUUGGAGCAGAAAAUUAUAGACUUAAGUGAAGGAAAACCAGCCACAGGAAGAAAAAAGAGAGGUGUCAAAGAAGAGCCAUGCAAUGGAGAUGAUGACCAUGAUUCUCUGGAUGACAUUUUUGACAAAAAUAAUGAUGAAUUAGACCAUAUGUUUUCCAGUGAGUCUGAUGAAAGGCAACUAGGUAUAAUGGAAAAAUUGGUUGAUGUUAUGGGUCAGCAGGCAACCGCCAUGUCGCAAGUGGCACAAGCCUCGCUUGACAAUUCUAAGUCCCUUGAACGACUUGCGGACGCGGCACAUGUUCAAGCACUAGCCGUAAAUCGGCUUGCGAGCACCUUCGAAACAAUCAGCUCUUCGGUACAUGAUGUGAGAAAUGCUCUCAUGGGCAUCGACUACACUAUGAAAAGGUGUUACGGUCCAACAGCUGCAGAACUUUAGUUUUGUACAUUUCAGUCGUGCAAAACCUAUUUGAAAACCUACUCGUGAACUGGAGGGUUUUAGAUACUUAAAAAAAGUUAUAAGAAACUAAGUAAGCAAAAUACCAUCACAAAAUGCGAAUUGUAUUAAACCAGAAAAUAUUGGUCUCAAGAAAUUAAUCUCAAUGAUUUUUUAAAAUAAUGUUUAUUAAAGUGGUAGGUAUGUAGGUACUUAUCCCACCUGUACGUAUGUUUAGAAUCAGACGUAAUUUUAUCAUUGUAUUAUUUUAACUUUAGGAAGGUAUUAAUUAUUUUUAUUGUCUGUAUGUAUAUAGUGUAAGUUAAAUAUUAUAUGACAAUUUUAUAUUUCA